CAACGGAUCUAGUAUGAUAUGACGUGAAGUGACAUUUGAGUUGUGAAAUCCUUUAGAUUAUGUGUCAUCUAAAUUUCGACGUAAUUGACUUUUAUAUCCUACCGCAUCGGGAAACUUUUGCGGGUUUCUAUCAUUUAUACAAUUUUUAACGCGUCAUAUGUUUCACCGGCAAAAUGUUUUGUAUUAAUUUUCGUCGAAACGUCGAGUCAGCGUUCGGUAAAUUCACACCGAAAAGACCGUUUAAUAUGUGUGGCUUAAAAUACAUACGAGAACCAUUGAAUCCGUUGAAACGAUGUCCACGAUGGGUUUGUGUAGAAGAUGCGGUAAAAAUCAUAAAUUCAGAGCACUUGGUUUUUAUACAAGGAGGCGCAGCAACGCCUCUAGAAUUAAUCCGUGCUAUGACCGAACAUGGUGUUUGCAAUAAUCUCCGCGGAGUAAGAUUGCUCCAUAUGGCUCUUGAAGGAGACGCGCCUUUCGCAAGUCCUGAAUUUCAGAAGCACUUCAGGUCCGUAAGUUUUUACAUUGGAGCUAAUCUCCGUGAAGCUGUUAAUGAGGGUAGAGCAGAUUACAUACCAAUUUUUCAUCACGAAGUGCCCAAGCUUUUUUAUGAAAGAAGAAUCAUCCCUGAUGUCGCUCUGAUUCACGUCAGUGUACCAGACGCACGUGGCUUUUGUUCCCUAGGCGUAAGCGUAGAUUGCACGCGUGCUGCGCUGAGUUCGGCAAAAGUUAUCGUUGCUCAAGUCAACGAGCACAUGCCAAGAGCGUUUGGGGAUACGGUCAUUCAUUCCAGCCACAUCGAUUGGGCCGUGAAGUACGAUUGUCCCUUGCCAUGCGUAGCCAGUACUCCCCCAAAUGAAAUCGAACUGGAAAUUGGCAAGAUUAUAGCACAAAGGCUAGUAGACGACGGAGCGACCUUGCAACUCGGUAUAGGCAAUAUACCUGACGCUGUUCUCUGUUCCCUCGGCAAUCACAAAGAUCUAGGUGUUCAUACUGAGAUAAUGGGUGACACGAUGGUGGAUCUAGCCGAGCGCGGAAACAUCUCGAAUAAAAUGAAAGUUAAACAUAGGGGUCGUAUGGUCGCGUCCAUGGCGAUUGGUACCAAAAGGGUAUACGACUUUUUACACAAUAAUCCAUUUGUAGAAAUGCUUACGGUGAACUACGUGAGCGAUCCUCGAGUAAUAUCGCAACAACCGAAAAUGACUACUAUUAAUCCCUGCAUAGAAAUGGAUCUUACUGGUCAGGUAUGUUCAGACAGUUUAGGCUGUAAAAUGUACUCAGGUUUCGGCGGACAGCUCGACUUCACACGUGGUGCUGCGAUGGGCCAAGACGGCCGAGGGAAAGCUAUAAUCGCGUUUCCCUCGGUUACUAGCAAGGGAGAGAGUAAAAUCCAACCUGUACUUAAAGUUGGUGGUGGAGUUGUAGUAACCAGAGCCCACGCGCAUUACAUAGUUACAGAGCAUGGAAUAGCUCAACUCUUCGGUAAAACGUUGCGUCAAAGAGCGAACGCGUUAAUUCAAAUCGCUCAUCCCGAUCAUAGAGAAUGCCUCGAGAAGGCUGCAUUCGAAAGACUCAAAGCUAAUCCAACCAAAUAUUUGUAA